AUGUCUAUAUAUUCUGAUUUAAUGGCAUUAAUUGCCAGUGACGAUGGAUUUUAUUUUAAAGAUUUCAAACUUGACACACGUACAUAUCGAAUAUUUAAUUAUCGUCUCGCAACAUGGAGUUCGUUUAAAAAAGCGAAUGCUAUUGAAUGUCGAGGAAUUAUGUUUGAUAUCACAGUUCCAGAUCAACCACAACUCGUCUGUUUACCGCCACAAAAAUUUUUUAACUAUGAAGAAGGCGACUGUAACCAUACACUAGGCAAAUUUGGUGAUAAGAUGACAAAAAUGGAUGGAUCAUUGAUAUCUACAUUUUAUCAUGAGAACAAGGAACUUCGUUUAAAGUCAAAAGGAUCACUAACAUCAUCUCAAGCACAAGCAGCAACGAAGUUAUUCACAGGAAAAUUUAAAGAUGAAGUUACAAAACUGGUUAGAAAUGGUUACACUGUGAAUAUGGAGUAUACUUCGCCGACAAACCGUGUUGUUAUCUCUUAUCCUGACGAUCAACUGACUGUUCUGUCAAUACGUUGUCAUUCAACUACUGAAACUUUUUUUGGAACAAAACUGAGAAAAUUUCUCGAGUCUCAAAAUGAUAAAUAUGACGAAAUAUUAAAACAUCUUGUACCUUAUGAGGGUUUACAUUCACUCAAUUUAAAUCAUAACAUAUUUCUGACUGACGUACGAAAUGAAGAAUCAGGCGAAGGUUAUGUGGUAGAAAUUAUUAUGGAUGAAAAUAAUUCAUACUUAGUUAAAGUCAAAAAUCUCAGAUAUCUAACGUUACACACCACAAAAAAUAAUAUCAGUAAUUCACGACGUUUAUUUGAAUCAGUUAUUAAUGAAAGUAGUGAUGAUCUAAAAUCAAUGUUUUCACUGGAUCCCGAUUCCAUAGAUAUAAUUGUUAAAAUGGAAGAAUAUGUAAAACCACGUUAUAAUCAUUUAAUCGAAACUGUGGAGCAAUUUUACACCGAAAAUAAAGACUUAUCACGAAAAGAGUAUGCUCUGAAAGCACAAAAAUCACAUUCAAAAUAUAUGGGUUUGUUAAUAGCGUUAUAUUUAGGAAAAACGAAUAAUUAUAAAGAAUUUGCUAUUCGACAUUCGAAAGAUCUAUUUGGAAUUAAUGAACAGACACAAACCACGAACAACAACAAUGAGGAUGAAUGA